CAACUUCUUAUCGAUACCAAAAUUUCCAGUCCUCCCCAAACACAACAUCUGCGAACCACAAGCAAAAUGGCAAAACAAAAGAGCAAAGCGCCCUCCAUCCACUCCCGCGCAGCGCGCCGGGCGACAUCGCCCAGCAUAAACACAGACAAGUCCCUGAAGGACGCCCGGCCGCCGCCCGAGUCGGCCGACGCGCGCCCCUCGGUCCUGGGGCUGCACCAGGCCGCGGGCGUGAGCAAGAAGACCAAGCGGGGCCGCAAGGCGGUGCUGAGCACGCGGGCGCGCAAGCGGCACGAGCGCGGGCUCGAGAGGGCCGAGGAGAUCGUCGACCGCACCUCCAACAAGGUCCUCAAGAGCAAGAAGUCCGCCGCCAAGAUCGCAGGCCGCAGCAGGGGGUGGGACGAGAUCAACGCCCAGGCCGGCGCCGCGGGCGCGCGCGUCGGGGCGCUGGGGUCCAACAAGUUCGCGGGGCUGGCGGACGGCGGCGAUGAUGGUGAUGAGGAUGAGGAUGUCGAGGAGCUGGACGACGAGAUGUGGGAGGCGGACAAGGGCGGGCCUGUGGUGGCUCACCCGCCGCCCAAGUCCAUGGCCGGGUCUAGGCAUGCGCCUCCCGCGCCGCCGGCGCCCGAGGACGGCGAUGAAGAGAUCCUAUGAGCAUCCGCAGCAUUUUGUCUUUGGGGUUUACGACAACAGGCGUUGGGGGGCUGAUACCAGAUGCAAUACGAUAUCAUCUUGUUUCUUUCAUGGAAUCCAUACCAGGAACUGAUCGUUUCAAUCUCUCAUACCGUUACUGUUCCUGGUGACUCGAAGCCGUGAAGACUGCCACCAGCCUGGCGAGGCUGAUGGUCUUGGAUGCAUCGCACAUCGCGUGUUGAACGACUACUUCAGCCAGCAAAGAAUGGCCUGCCCUCUUCCCUCCCAAGACAUCCAUCCAACUAACAACUCUCAGACCGUCCCGGCGGCCCCUGCCCUUCGCGGCGGACCCGCCUUCCCAUGACAACACCCACGGCGCCAGCAUCCCCCACGCUCACACGAUUGCGCCAUCCCGCCUCAUCCAAGGCCACACUCGAGGCUGACCCCGGCCGCAGACAGACCAAUUCCGACGCCACGCUCGACGAGGGCGAGGUGUCCCACGACCCACUCGAGCCCGAUGUAGCCGAGACCGCCGCCACCGUGUCCGAAGGCAGUGCCUGCGCCUGCGCCUGCGCCUGCGGAUGUUGGUACUGGUAUAGACCACCACCAGCACCACCACCAUCACCAGAGUAAUACCCACUAUCACCCGAGUCCCGCACCCGCACCCACCGCACCGACCCCCUCAGGCUCCGGCGCCUCUCCAGCCCCCCGCCGGCGCCGCGGUGCACCACCCGGACAGCCUUAUUACAGCGCAGAUCCCGCACGACCACCACCUCAGCAGCAGCAGCAUCCUCCUCGCCGCCACAGAGCCCCCACGGAGACCGCCGCCGCUGGCUGAGGACGUCGUCGGCCGACAUGCGCCGCAGCCGCUUGACACCACCACCACCACCACCACCACCACCAGACAGGAGGACCCGCGCCACGACGCCCCAGAUAUCAAGCCCGCCGCCGCCGAGGAGCGCAAGCCGCGCCUGCACCGCGGGGCCCCGGAUCUGCGGCGGCUUGGCGUUGGUGGUGGUGCUGCUGAAGGCGGCCGAGAUCCCGUGGGACAGCUCCUCGGUGGUCGCGUCACGGGGCCGGUAGUCGGGCACGGCGGGCCUUGGUGGUCUCUGCCCUCCUUGUUGUUGGUGGUGGUGUGGCGUGGGGCUCCUCACGGCCGUGUCCCGUGAGGGCGGCGGCGGUGGUUCACCGGGUCCCAGACCGCGGGGUGGUUCAGGCUGGACUGUUGGUUCUUGGGUUUGUUGUGGCCGGGCCGGUCCUGGUCCUGGCUCUGGCGCUGGCUCACCCUACCCCCUGUCGUGAACUGGGACUGUGGCCGAUAUGCGGUGAACCGUUGUCCCGUUACUUGGCUGAGCGGCGAUGGGGUAUACCGCGCCGCGGAGAAGCGGCCCGGAACAUAGCUGCUGGCCCGAAUGCUUGGAGGAGCCUGGCUCUGUCGGCGUCGCUCGUCCGGCCGAGGGCUGGGGGUAUCUAUCUCCUCACGCCCCGCCUGGGUUCCGGCAUUGCGUCUUGCCGGUAAGAAGUCCGGUGGGACACUUGCAUCAUCGUUAUCCUUGCCACCGCUGGCCCUCUCGGCAUCCAUGUCAUGCUUGAUCCGGGUGCAGUACAUCAUGAGGUGGCACGCGAGGAAGACGACCACGAGCAGGCCGGCGAGCACGCCAAAGGUGACUACUAUGCCGCGGGGUGGGCGGCCGCCGGUGCUCAGCAGCGUCGUCGAGAUGACGACGGUCAGGACGACGAAGAGGAAUGGGAUCCAUCUGUACGUCACAUCGCGUAUGAGCCUGCGGGACCGUAUGAGCUGGUCCAUGUGGAACAUGUUUGGACGAACCGGUUUAAGAGCGAGAGAUAGGCAUCAACAGGAUUACGGCUUGUUGAACAGCGAGUUCGGAUACCAAGCCUUCUUUUUCCGGGGCUGCCUUCCCGUUAUGCCUUUUUAUCAUCAGUGUGAGGCUCAUCUACAGUGGUCUUUUCUUUCAUGUCGGUGUCAGACGGCCAGGCUCGCUGGGGGGAAGCCAGAAAGCCGUUGUAGGUCUG